AUGCUCCCCGUCCCCGUGAACCUGCCCAAAUGGCUUGAGGAGAACUCACAUCUCCUAAAGCCGCCCGUCAACAACUACUGCGUCUACAAUGAGGGAUUCACCACCAUGAUCGUCGGCGGCCCCAACGCCCGCACCGACUACCACAUCAACGAGACGCCCGAGUGGUUCUACCAGUACCGGGGCGCGAUGCUUCUCAAGGUGGUGGACGGGGGCGAGUUCCGGGACGUGGUCAUCGGCGAGGGCGACAUGUUCCUGCUGCCGGGGGGCACGCCGCACAACCCGGUGCGGUUCGCCGACACGGUGGGCGUGGUGCUGGAGCAGCGCCGGCCGGCCGAGAGCGUCGACCGCAUGCGCUGGUACUGCCAGAACCCGGCCUGCCGCCGCGUCGUCCACGAGGCCGCCUUCCACUGCACCGACCUCGGCACCCAGAUCAAGGCCGCCAUCGAGGCCUUCAUGGCCAGCCCCGACAACCGCACCUGCAAGAACUGCGGCGAGCUCGCCGACUCGGUGCCCAAGCCCGGCACCAUCCAGGAUCCCAACUUGCAGUCGCACUAA